AUGGGAGUUUGUAUAUCUGCCUCGAUAAAAUCAAAUUCGCCUGUUUUUUAUCUGCAAGCUGGGGAUACAAAAGCAUUGAUAAGCAUUUUGACGGUAAAUAAAAGCUACAUUGCUCAAAGUAAAGGCCUGAAUGAGUUUAAUGAUACUAUUUUGCAUUAUGCUGCUGCAGUUGGGAAUGAAGAAGCUGUUGAGUGGAUUUGUCGACAAUUAUUAAACGAUUAUGGCUCGCCAUAAGAGGAUAAAUCACUAACUGUCCCCAUCUUGGCUCCAGAAAAUCGACCUUUGGAUUUCUGACCUGCCAAAUGUCCAAGGGACUAGCUCCUCUAAGGCAAAGCCACCAUCUGUAAGGUGCCCAGAUGUCCGAUAAGAAUGAUCCACGUGGAAAGUAAAACCUGUCUUGCCUGUCCGGCAGGGACAGGAAGAUCUUCUGGGGAGAACAAAACACCCUGCCUUGGCAAGCUUCCAAUUGAGAUGGUCUACUUAGCUCACAAAGAACUCACUUUCGCAUCCCAUCUCGCUGUUCCACCGCUCCAUCAGGAUGUAUCAACUCGGAGUCCUAUUUUCUGUCAGCAUUACCUUUUAUUUCUUUUGUCAACAAGGAAUUGACGUAAAUGCCAAGAAUUCUGAUGAUUGGACAGCUUUAGACGUAGCAAUUAUAAAUAAUCAUGAUCACGUUGCUGAAUUCUUGAAAAUGAAGGGAUGUCUAUCAUCUGUGGAAAUAGAUCUUAAGAAAUAA